AUGCCGAGACUUUGUGACGCCAUUAAAGAUGAUCACCGAAAGAUCGAACAAGCCUAUCGAUAUAUCCUCACAUCCACAACCCCCGAUGACAAGAACCGCUGGAAGAACGAGCUCGCCCUCGAACUUGCUCGACAUUGCAUAAGUGAGGAGCGGGUGCUGCUACCCGUCCUCAAGGACCGGCUGGCGGAUGGAGAUUCACGGAGCACCAAGCACAAUAUCCACAGAGAGAGCCUAAAGGAGAAGAUUUGCUUCCUUAGGGCUAUCCCCGUCACGGACCCGAGCUUCGAACUCGGGAUGAAAGUGCUUUGGGUUGACAUGGCAGCCCACGUCCGCGACACCGACCACCAAGAUGUCGCUCGUCUCGAGGAGUGCCUUACCAUCCUCGAAUCAGAGGACUUGGCGCGGCAAUUUCGAGAAACAAUGUCAUUAGCGCCAACACGGAGUAACCCUUCAGCUGACAUGGGGCCCCCAUCGCAGUUGAUCACCGAUUUCCUCGCCACUAAGAGCGGAACCGUCAAAGACAUGGACCCUAUUUCGCGGGGCUGCCGGUGA